UCUUAGGGGCACAUUAGCGCCUGUCCCAUAUCAGAAUGGAGCUGUACUCAAGAUCCCUGUGUCAAUUUGGCUUCCUGAUUGUCCUGUGCACACUACUCUCAGUGAGACAAUCUGGCAGCACGUUUGUCCCGGGACGAUGUUUAUGUCCAAAAACCCAGCUAAGUGUCAGAGGUCCCCUUAAAGAGCUCUCAGUCUUCCACAGGAGUCCCAGCUGUGACAAGAUAACAGUCAUUGUGACAAUGAAGAGGGACAAUGCAGCAGUGUGUCUGAGUCCAGAAGGUCAGAUGGCCAAACAGCUCAUUCGAUGCUGGAAUAAGGCCCAUAAGCUUGGCCGUAACGUGAAAGUAUGCCUCAGGAGGAACAGAAGGCGAACAAAAGGUCACCAGAGGCAACGACAAAGACACCGGGGUCAGAACCACAGUGGGUCGGCCUCCACAUCCGAGUGAACGUCCAUGGGGUCAACUACUGCAGAAUGAGAUUUGAGCUCCAGCCACUUCAAGGACUGGUGGAGCUGUAUAAAGAACGUUUUUCAUGUUUCAUUUCAGCCUUUAUGUUGUUGUCUGUAGCAUUUGAAGACAACAGUGGCUUUGUAUGAGACUGAUUUCACUUUAGGCCCUGGAGGCUUAUAACUUGUACAUAGAUCAUACAGGAAUGACCUUAUAUAGACUGCUGACACUAUUUUGUAUUUAUUUUACAUAACUUUUGUAUAUUUGUAAUAAAAAAAUGAGCAAAGCUACCCUGUGAUUUAUGU